GCCGCAGCUGAGCUGGAGUGAGGCGUGGGCUCGGCGGGGAGCGUGUUAGAAUGAGAGAAGUGAAGGAACUACAGCUGAUUUCUAUAUUGUAAUCUGAUCAAAAUGGUUUUGGCACUAGAAGGUUGAAUAUUCCUGCUCCUUAUGGAGGCAUUAUAAAUAACAAAUGGCUAAGGUUCUGUAAAACUUAACAACCAGUCUGAAACAUGGAGAUGCAGCUAGACCCCACGAAAGAUGACUUGCCCUUAAUGGCCAACACUAGCCACAUGCUUGUAAAGCACUAUGUUUUGGACUUGGAUGUGGAUUUUAAAAGUCAGGUUAUAGAAGGAAUCAUAGUUUUAUUUUUGGAGACAGGGAGCAGAUACAGGAAAGCCAGCAGAAUUGAUAAAAAAGGCUGCCAGUCACACCUUAAUGAAACCUGUAAAAUUGGGCCAUCAGAACCCUGCCACAUUUCUGUGUCAGAUGCAAGUGUCUUCUCAUCUGAAGCAGAAUAUAGUGAUUUUGCUGUCUGUGCUAAAGGUGAAAAAGAUGCUUCUGAUAAAAAUGGUAACCACAGCAAUGAGGAGCAAACUUCUGGGAUUUCUAGUUCAAAGAAUUGCUGUGACACAGAGAGCCAUGGGAACAAGGAUUUUCUACUGGUAUUGGACUGCUGUGAUUUAUCUGUGCUAAAGGUUGAGGAGGUAGAUAUUGCUGCUGUGUCAGGCAUUGAGAAAUUCACCAAGUCUGCUGAACUAACUGAUGUUUCAAAGGAGCUGGAAAAUCUCAGAAAUCAGAUUGUACACGAACUUGUGACUUUACCUUCGGAUCGCUGUCCAGAACAGCUGUACUAUUUCACUUGCUGCAGCCAGGCACCUGGCUGUGGAGAGCUUGAUUUUACUACUGGCAGCUGGAGCUUGGAGAUAAGGAAACAGGGAGUUCAGACUCCAACAGACUUUCCUCAUGCUAUACGAAUACGGUACAAAACCAAACCUGAGGGAAGAUCUGUUAAAUGGACUACUGACCAGAGUGGCAGGCCAUGUGUUUAUACGAUGGGAUCACCAAUAAACAACAGAGCCCUUUUCCCAUGCCAAGAACCACCCGUUGCCUUGUCAACAUGGCAAGCAUCAGUCCGAGCAUCUGCAGGCUUUGUUGUAUUGAUGAGUGGUGAAAACUCAGCAGAACCAGAGCAGCUUCAAGAAGGUAUCAUGAGCUGGUACUACUAUGUAACUAUGCCAAUGCCAGCAUCCACCUUCACUAUUGCUGUGGGGUGCUGGCAGGAGGUCAAACAGCAAUGCUUCACGGCUGGUAUCCACACAGAAGAUGAGUUUUCCGUGCCAUUUUCACAAGCUGAUCUCAGAUGGCAUAAAGAAAGCUGUGGUCAUGUGGAAUAUCCCUGCCGUUUCCAAAAUCCUGCUGCCAUGUUGCAAAGAGUCAUUCCCUAUAGAGUCUUUGCUCCCUUGUGCCUCAUGGAAUGCUGUGAAGAACAUUUACUUCAGCUUAUUCCUCAGUGCCUUUCAGCUGCUUACUCCACACUGGGCACCCAUCCCUUUUCCAGGCUUGAUGUUUUGAUAGUUCCUUCAAACUUUUCCAGUCUGGGAAUGGCUAGCCCACACAUCAUCUUCUUGUCACAGAGUGUAUUGCCUGGAGGGAGCCAUCUCUGUGGAACACGUCUGUGCCAUGAAAUUGCUCACUCUUGGUUUGGAUUGGCCAUUGGUGCUCGUGAUUGGACUGAAGAGUGGAUAAGUGAAGGGUUUGCCACUUUUUUAGAAGAUGUAUUUUGGGCUAGGGCUCAACAGCUUUCGCAUGAUGAAGAAAAAGAGCAGCAGGAAUUGAAAGCUUUACUUCGCUGGCGACGACUCAGAGAUGAGGUGCAGAACUCUGAAGAAGAGCUGCAAGUUUUAAGGCCUCACAAGGAGAGUACAGGAGAAGUGAGUGAGUCUGGAGCAUCUGUUGUCAAACAUGGUCUUAAAGCAGAAAAAAUCUUCAUGCAGGUUCAUUAUUUGAAGGGUUAUUUCCUUUUGCGGUCUCUGGCAAGUACAUUAGGAGAGGCUUCAUACCUUGCAUCUUUACGAAAAUUUGUCCAUAAAUUCCAUGGACAGCUUGUUCUUUCUCAGGAUUUUCUUUCUACGCUGUUGGAAGACAUACCCGAACAAAAAGAGUCUGGGUUAACUGUUGAAAGUAUCUCCCAGAAUUGGCUUGAUACUUCUGGCAUACCAAAGCCGCUGCUGGAGGAGGGCGAGACCUGGAAGGAGUGCAAGCUCGUGCAGCAAGUGAGCGCCGAGGUCACAAAAUGGAUUCAGGCGAACCAGAGGAUCAGGAAAAGCAGCAGGAAGAAAAGAAAGCAGGACAAAGUUGUUUUUCAAAAGCUGCUCCCAGACCAGCUGGUCUUACUUCUGGAGUAUCUCCUGGAGGAGAAAACAUUGUGUCCCAGAACACUGCAGCGCUUAGAGAAGACAUACCAGCUCCGUGACCAGGAUGCUGAGGUUCGUCAUCGGUGGUGUGAACUUGUUGUUAAACACAAAUAUGUGUCUGGAUAUGGAGAUAUUGAGAAAUUUCUCAGAGAAGAUCAGGCAAUGGGUGUGUAUCUCUAUGGAGAAUUAAUGGUGAAUGAAGAUGCCAAACAACAAGAACUUGCAUACAAAUGCUUUGCUGCAGCACAAGAACAAAUGGAUAAGUCGUCAGCUGAAGUGGUGGCAGAGAUGUUAUUUUGAAGAGGAAAGAUCACAGAGAAAUUCAUUUAAUCUAUCUCCUACUAAACCUCGGUGGUGCUAGGAUUUCCUUGACCCAAGACAUCAAAAGAAGGAUUAAGUGACUGCUAAAACAAUCAGCUGACAGAAACAUUUACCUUUCAGUAUUUGUUUUCCAGAGGCUCACUGUAACCAAGAACAGGUAAAAAUGCAGAGAUACAAACUGGCUUUACACACACACACACACACACACACCACACACACACACAAUCUAUUGUGGCUCUAGGUAGUCCUUACAAUACAAUUUGACAGGAAUUGAUGAAACUUUAUUCUGUACUUAAGAUUUUGUUUUAACUUCUAUGCCAAGGUAUAUAAGAUUAGCUGGAUGGUAGAGUGGGGAGAUUAAUUAGAAGAUGGAAUAGUUUCUGGAAGGUGUCCAGCCAUUGAUAUGGUGACAGGAUGGAACUGAAGGAGAGAUUAAAAUUUUGUUCCUGUCUUGGUUAGGUUAACUUCUACCAGAAGUGUACAUCUCAAAUUCUGGAAAUGUCUUCUACAGCCCUGUUCUACUCCUUUUUUUUUCACUCUGUACACUGUUGUUUUAAAUCCAAUUCUUGUAACAAUAAAUAUGUUUUUCAAA